AUGCUCCGGGCUCCCGAGCCGCGGCCGGGCGAGGCGGAGGCGGCCGGCUGCAGUCCGCGGGCCGCGCCGCCCACGCAGUCCAAGCCGCUAACCUCCUUCCUCAUCCAGGACAUCCUGCGGGACUGCCCCGAGCGGCGCCGCGGCCAAGCCGGUCACCCGCAGCCACCGUCCGGGCCGGACCCAAGGCGCGACCCUGAGCCUGAGCUCGAGGCUGGAGGAGAAGGAGGCCGCGCCCGGGCGCCUGCGGAGCCGCUGUGCGCCGGGCCCUGCGCCGCUCCGGGGGAGGCCGAGACGCUGGCGGAGUCCGAGCCAGAUAGUCACUUUGAGACUUAUCUCUUGGACUGUGAGCACACUUCAGGCGCCUUACCAAGCCUUUCCCAGACCCCCAAGCAGCCUCAGAAGCGCUCCCGAGCUGCCUUCUCCCACACUCAGGUCAUUGAGUUAGAGAGGAAGUUCAGCCAUCAGAAGUACCUGUCUGCCCCCGAAAGGGCUCACCUGGCCAAGAACCUCAAACUCACUGAGACCCAAGUGAAAAUAUGGUUCCAGAACAGACGCUAUAAGACUAAACGAAAGCAGCUGUCUUCAGAUCUGGGCGACUUAGAGAAGCCCUCCUCCUUACCAGUCCUGAAGGAGGGGGGCUUCUCCAGGGCCUCCCUGAUCUCCAUGUAUAACAGCUACCCUUACUACCCCUACCUUUAUUGCCUGGGCAGCUGGAGCCCUGCUCUCUGGUAACGCCAGCUCAGAGGAC